CUGCACUACGGGACCCUCCUGGGCAGCAGAGCUUGUGCCCACAUGGCAGCAGCUGCCUGGGCCAGUGCCUUUCUCUAUGCUCUCGUGCACACAGCCAAUACAUUUUCCCUACCCCUGUGCCAUGGCAAUGCCGUGGGCCAGUUCUUCUGUGAAAUCCCCCAGAUCCUCAAGCUCUCCUGCUCCAAAUCCUACCUCAGGGAACUUGAGAUCAUUGCAGUUAGUGUCUGUUUGGUAUUUGGCUGUUUUGUGUUUAUUGUUGUUACCUAUGUACAGAUUUUCAGGGCUGUGCUGAGGAUCCCCUCUGAGCAGGGAAGACACAAAGCCUUUUCCACCUGCCUCCCUCACUUGGCUGUGGUUUCCUUGUUUGUCAGCACUUCAGCAUUUGCUUACCUGAAGCCCCCCUCCAUGUCCUCCCCAUCCCUGGAUCUGGCCCUGUCAGUUCUGUACUCGGUGGUGCCUCCAGUCAUCAAGGCAGCGAUUCCACCUUUAAGUGGGGACGAGACCGAGGGGUGGAUCUAA